UUCAAACUUUUAUUUUGAUUUUUGAUUUGUUUUCAUCUAUUAUUGUUUUGUGAUAAAAUGGAUUCAAAAACUGAUAGUGAUACGAUUAAAGCGGGUAACUCAAAUAGUAUACCUUGUCCUGUCUGUCAAAGAACCUUUGAUAAACAAGAAAUUGAACAACAUGUAAAUAAAUGCUUAUUUUUAAACAAUGCUGAAUCCGACACAUUUAAAAGGGACUGUUCACAUUUAAAACAAAGCAUAACACCUUCAAAAAAAUUAAAGGUCGAUAAAGAUGAAACUCUUACAAAAGUGAAGAGUGAAAAAUUAAAUAAUGAAAAGCUACCACUCGCUGAAUUUAUGAGACCAAAUAAUCUUCAAGAUGUUGUUGGACAGCAUGAUUCUUUUGGUACUGGUUCAAUGUUGCAUUCAAUGUUAUUGCAGAAAAAAAUCCCUAAUAUGAUUUUAUGGGGCCCACCUGGUUGUGGAAAGACAUCAAUUGCAAAUGUUGUUGCUAACAUAUGCAAAGAAGACACCAAUCUGCGAUUUGUGAAAAUGUCCGCUAUCAUGUCAGGGAUCAAUGAUGUGAAAGAAGUUGUGAAGGUAGCAAAAAAUGAGUCAAAGUUUAAAAGACAGACUGUACUGUUCAUGGAUGAAAUACAUAGAUUUAACAAACUACAGCAAGAUACAUUUUUGCCUCAUGUUGAAAAUGGUACAAUAAUUCUAAUUGGAGCCACUACAGAAAAUCCAUCAUUUAGUUUAAAUAAUGCUCUACUAAGCCGUUGCCGUGUUAUAGUUUUGAAUAAGCUGUCAGUGGAUGAUAUUCUUAAAAUACUGCAUAAGGCUGUUGAUAGUUGUAAACUGGGGAAAAUUGUUGAUACUGUUCAAGAUAACUUAUAUGUUACAGAUGUCAAUUCUAGGUGUAUUAUAGAGAAGAAAUCAUUAAAGUGGCUUGCCGAAAUAUGUGACGGUGACGCUCGAGUGGCGCUUAGUGCUUUAGAGAUGGCCAUUUCAGCUCUUAAGGCAGAUUCAAUAACUACACCUGUUCUUACUUUGGACGAUUUAAAAAAAUCCAUUCAGAGAACUCAUAUGUUAUACGAUCGCGGUGGCGAAGAACACUACAACAUUGUGUCGGCCAUACAUAAGUCAAUACGUGCGAGCGACGACAACGCAGCCCUGUAUUGGACGACACGCGCUCUGCACGGCGGGGAGGAUCCCUUAUACAUCGCUCGCAGGCUUGUUCGUGCAGCAUGUGAGGAUAUCGGAUUAGGUGAUCCUAAUGCAUUAGUUGAGGCAGUAGCAUGUCUACAGGGGUGCCAAAAUAUAGGCAUGCCAGAAUGUGAUGUAUUAUUAGCCCAGUGCGCUGUACGACUAGCUAGAUCUAAUAAGAACAAUGAUGUGUACAAAGCUAUGCAAAGAGUACAAAGGUCCUUAAAAGAAGCAAAAGGACCGUUGCCUUCAGUUCCUUUACAUCUACGAAAUGCUCCCACAAAACUUAUGAAGGAUUUAAAAUAUGGUGUUGGAUAUAACACACGUCACAAAAGUAUAUCUGGCCUUACUUAUAUGCCUGAUGGAUUGGAGCAUGUCAAUUUCUUUAAUGAAGAUUAAAAGGAAGCUUACAGAUUUUCAUACAAGUACAAACAAAAUUAUUGUAUAUAAAAAUAAAACUCUUUGAAAUCUA